AACAACCGAGCAGUUUGCCUCAACUUUUAGUGUAGUGUUAAAAAAUCUGUAAAUUCAUCCGUAUAAAUUGUUUCAAGAUAUUUUAAUCAAGAUUUUAUCAAAAAUUCAAUAGAAGAAACUUCCAAAAAUUAUGUUCAUCGUGAAUAAUGUUGCGUCAAUUUAUGGUUUUGCUGUUCGCUGAUUACUUAUAUCACAGAAUUUGAAGUGCGCUAAUUACGGUUAGUUAUACGGCGAUGAGAGAGGAAAAGUUUUUUUUCGAACAUUUGUGACUCAACGUGGAAGCUGCUCGGAGUUUUUUUAUCAUGUCAGUCGGCAAAGCAACUACCUGUAAGGACGCCUUGCGUCGAUGGGAAGAAGAAACGGGGCAGGAAGCUUCAAGUGCUACCGAAGUUACAUUAAGUUUUCAGUGGCCACCGAUCGAAAAGAUGGACAAUGCGCUCUCGACUUUGUCCAAGUGUGAAAAACUCUCGAUAUCCACUAAUAUGAUUGAGAAAAUAGCAGGUGUUAGCAGUUUGAAGAAUUUGCGUGUCCUGUCGUUGGGACGUAAUUUCAUAAAAGGCUUCACAGGCCUAGAAACCCUGGGCGACACACUCGACGAAUUGUGGGUCUCGUAUAACUGCAUUGAAAAAAUGAAGGGAGUUCAUGCCUUGAGGAAUUUGCGGGUGUUGUACAUGUCCAAUAAUCUCGUCAGAGAGUGGAACGAGUUAUCGAGGCUUCAGGAAUUGCCGAAUCUGCGUGAUUUGUUGUUCGUAGGAAAUCCACUGUGCGAAGGGAUCGAGACAGAAGUUUGGAGGAUCGAUGUUGCCCGGAGACUUCCAAAUCUUGAGAAAUUGGACGGUGAACCGAUAAUACGAACCGAAGAACAAACGGUGCCUGGCCAAGGCGUCAAAACUGAGGGACAGCAAAAUGGCAACAAACCUGCUGAGGAACUGGCUGCGUCUUGAAUGCACUCGAGCUUCAAAGGAGCAGCAACGUACUAAAAUUCUGCCCAUUUUCGAAAAUAUUAUUACUCGCUAGAGCCCGCCGUCAACCAACAAGUAGAAAUUAUCGUGGCAGCGAAACGGGAGUCAAAGGUCGAGUAAAUUAGAAUUUGCGAUAAAAUAAAUGACAUUCAUGAAGGUUCAGACUUUUUUAGCGAAACAUGGAUUUUUGUGAAUUGUGAACCAAUUUGAUGGGUAAUUUGAUUUUUUUUUAUCAACAAUAUUAUAAAUUACAAUCUGUUCUGCGGGGAACAUUCAACAA